UGGCGGAGAGGAGGGACAGGAACGAACAAACGAUUGUCCAUCUGCAAUGUGAAAGUCAAUGGGUAUAGUUGCUUGCCCACUCGUUCAUGUCACCCACCUUCUUCGUAGUAUGGUCCUUCUACAAAUGGCCUCCUGUUAUUGUAUGUAAACUGGAAGAAGAACGGUGGGCAUAAGGAUCAAAGUAGAUUUGCUGCUCAUUGUUGAGGAGAAAGAGAACCACUGGCUUUCUGGAAAUCAUCAGUGGCUAGUGGGGUCCGGGGGCCAUUAUACGCGUUAUAUAUGUCCCGCAAUUUGAUCCUACAUCGCUCGUUCUCUACCGAGAACUAAUUUACGCGAAUUCCUACUCACGAAAUUCGAAGUCUGCUCAAGAGCCCAGAGUUCGAGGAGUUACUUUUGCGAGAGCGUCUACUCCCGGUAAAGUGGAAGUGGUAGAUGACUGGGAUCUGUUGAGGGGGUAAUAGAACGCGUGAUGCCGGCCAAGACAAAACCUCGUGUUCCAGAAAAUAUGGGAGUCAGUAGCGGUUUAGUUGACGCCAGAGCUAAGCAAGUUUUACGAGAAGCAGUUGACGCUGUGGUGAAUAGCUUUGCUAAGCACACGCAGGGUUACGGAAGAGUGAACGUCGUUGAGGCUUUGCAAGAAUUUUGGCAAAUGAAACAGAGCAGAGGAACAGAGUUACGAAAUGGAGCGCUAGUGAUUUAUGAAUCUGUCCCUGGCGCCAGUCCACCCUAUGUUUGUUACGUUACUUUACCAGGUGGCUCUUGUUUCGGUAGUUUCCAAAAUUGUCCCACUAAGGCUGAAGCACGUCGUUCUGCAGCCAAAAUUGCAUUGAUGAAUUCAGUUUUCAACGAACAUCCAUCAAGACGUAUUACAGACGAUUUUAUUGAAAAAGCUGUAGCAGAAGCUAGAGCUAGUUUUGCAAAACCGUCAUCCACCCCAAAUGGAGUUGGCAGUCAAACGCAGAUGUAUGCAUAUUUCCAGGGAAGUGGAGAUGAAAAGGAAGACCCGAACACUGGAAUCGGAGCGUUUAGAUUCAUGCUGGAAUGUAACCGUGGCCGAACAAUGUUAGAAUUCCAAGAACUGAUGACUGUCUUUCAGCUUUUGCACUGGAAUGGAUCAUUAAAAGCUAUGCGAGAAAGACAGUGCAGCAGGCAAGAGGUAGUCGCACACUACAGCCACCGAGCGCUUGAUGAUGACAUGCGAAGCCAGAUGGCUCUUGAUUGGGUUGCCAGAGAGCAUGAGAGCGGAGGUGGGAUUGUUGCUAUGGAGUUAGCUGUGGCUGAACGGGAAUUAGAAACGGCUCGAUUAGCUGGACGAGAGUUAAGAUUCCCUAAAGAGAAAAAGGACAUUCUUAUGCUAGCGCAUGCUCAGGUCUGUCCUCAGUAAAUUUUUUGAAAUCGUAGCAAAGAAAAAAGCUACUGGAUCAAACGCUGCGUAUCAAUCUGCUUCAUUCAUUCAACGAUUAGGCACUUUCUAGAUGAUCUAGUUGACCAUCGUAUCUAUGGUUCCUUAAUACUGUAGGUAGAAAACUCAUAAGAUUAAAUUGAAUAAUUUGAUUCAUUGAUGAUCGGGAAAAUACUUGCAUUUGUUUUGCUUUUGUUAUUUCAUACAUUCGUAUCAUGUGUAUAGGGUUACUACCAGUAGCUCAAUUUCUUUGAUGUUAUUGCGCUUUGUGAUUUCGCUUUCCUUCCAUUUACUAUAUUCAAGGCUUGCUGAGAGUGCUGCUUUUUCAGAUAUCUAUUUUUGAAAUCGCUGUAUUACAUUAUUUUAUGUCAAAAAUUGUAUCUAAUAGUAUGGCAAAAUGUGUGGUUUAUGUUUGAUGUAGAAAUUCGAUUAGCAUAACUUGUUUGACUUUUUGAUCACUUAAUCGUGACAGACAAAUAUUUAAUUACGUAUUGUCUGUAUUGACUUAGACCAUGCAAUAAUAAUUGUAUUAUCAAGUAAUAAGUACAUAUUCGUGAGUAAUUGUUAAGAAGCUAUAUUGAAUCAAAAUACGCUGAUAUAUGGCAGUGCUUCCAAAAAAUGUUUCCAAUUAUCGAAAAAAUUCAGACACCACACUGCUAGUGAUGCAAUCAUUUAAUCUAAAAUCUAAUACUAUAUGAAGUUUAUUUAUGUAUAUAUAUAUUUGCCACUAAUUUCUAUAUAUGUUGAGCAUUGUUUCACUACUAAACAUUACGUGAUAAUAUUUUAUACUUUUUUAAAAAAUCGUUCAACGUUAGGUAGUAAAUUUUAUGUGAUCACAAGUCGCUUAGCGUCUGUGCACAGAGUAUGUUCAUAUUUUUCAUAGGAAUAAUGAUAAUCAAAUGAGAAAAUAAGAAAUAUUUUCAGUUGGGGUAUUUCAAAACCCUACACUCAAUGGGUGGAUCAACGAAAAAAAAAAAAAAACGACGCACAUCGUUGCCGUACUCUGCUUGACUACAAUAAACAGACACAGUUUUAUAAGUAUGUUUAUUAAAUAUUAUAUUAUUAAUAAAAUCAUUUUAUAAUGA